AUUGGCCCAACAUAACAGCGCGGAAGUCACCCGUCCUUCGUGUGAGAGACUAAGAUGAUACCGUUGCCAUUAAUUAUCCUCCUGCUUAUCAGCCAGACCUUUUCAGAGAAGGUCUCCCUCAGUUAUUUCCUGAUCGCCACCUCUGGAGCGCCCCACCUGCCCGAGUUUGUGGGCGUGGUCAUGCUGAAUGACAUGCCGGUGGGCUACUAUGACAGCAACAUCAGGAAAGCAGUGGCCAAGCAGGACUGGGUCGAGUCGUACUUGAAGGAGGAGCCGCAGCACCUGAAGUGGUAUGCCUUGCAGUGCCUGCACCACCAACAAGACUUCAACGCCGACAUUUUCAACCUGAAGGGCCUUUUUAACCAGUCGGGAGGGGUCCACAUUCUGCAACGGGUGAGCGGCUGUGAGGUGGACUACGACACCGGCAAGGUCACCGGGUUUAAUCGGUACGGUUACAACGGUGAGGACUUCAUAUGGUUGGACCUGGAGACGGAGAGUUGGGUGGCCGAGAGAAAGGAGGCUCACGCCAGCAAGGUGAAAUGGGAUGAUGAGAAGGCUACAAUAACGUUCAUGAAGCUCUUCUACUUGAACAACUGUCCUCGGUUACUGGAGAAAUACAUGCGCCACGGGGGGGACUUCCUGCUACGAAAAGUGCUCCCACGGGUGUCGCUCCUCCAGAAGACGCCGUCGUCGCCAGUCACCUGCCACGCCACAGGGUUCUACCCUGAGGGAGCCGAGAUGUUCUGGAGGAGAGCCGGCGAGGAGGUCCAGCAAAAGCUCGUGGAACCCUGGGAGACACUCCACAACCCCGACGGAACCUUCCAGAAGAGCGUGACCCUGAACGUCUCAUCCAUCCCGGACGGCGAGUGGGAGGAGUACGAGUGCGUUUUUAAACUUGAGGGCGCCGACGACGCGAUGGUCACGAAGCUGGACAAAGCCGUGAUCAUGACCAACUUUUUAGAUCCAGGUCCGCCCCGGAGCUUCUCUGCUGCUGUGGCCGGAAUCGUGGUUGUGCUGAUUAUCCUCGUAGCCUUCGCCAUCAUUCUGUACAGGAUUCUGCGUAGACAACAUAACAGGAAUAUCUGACUCUGCUCCAGGAUCAGCCCUGCGCACUUGAUGAGUGUAUCAAGCCAAGUUGUGGAUAAUUUUUUUUUGCCAAAGUGUCAUGAAUGCUGUUCUUACAAAUAACGUAAGGUGCAAACUGCCUCCAAAGCUGCACCGUGCUACUAUUGUGUUAGACCAGGGGUCGGCAACCCGCGGCUCCUUGACCACUCUGAUGCGGCUCAGCUACAUACAUGCCGAAUAAUACUUGAACAAAAUAUGAAUGUAAGUUCAUAAACUGAACAUCAAAUCAAGUAGGCUAUUCCAUUCAUUACCAUAAACCCAGAGUUUCCCCCAUGCCAUGAUGGUUUGACCCUCACUAAAAUGUCUGUCAAAAAGAAAUGCAACAAUGCAAUAUUCAGUGUUGACAGCUAGAUUUUUUUUGGACAUGUUCCAUAAAUAUUGAUGUUAAAGAUUUCUUUUUUUGUGAAGAAAUGUUUAGAAUUAAGUUCAUGAAUCCAGAUGGAUCUCUAUUACAAUCCCCAAAGAGGGCACUUUAAGUUGAUGAUUACUUCUAUGUGUAGUAAUCUUUAUUUAUAAUUGAAUCACUUGUUUAUUUUUCAACAAGUUUUUAGUUAUUUUUAUAUAUUUUUUUCCAAAUAGUUCAAGAAAGACCACAACAAAUGAGCAAUAUUUUGCACUGAUAUACAAUUUAAUAAAUCAGAAACUGAUGACAUAGUGCUGUAUUUUACUUCUUUAUCUCUUUUUUUCAACCAAAAAUGCUUUGCUCUGAUUAGGGGGUACUUGAAUUAAAAACAUUUUCACAGGGGGUACAUCACUGAAAAAAGGUUGAGAACCACUGCACUAGGCCACUGAGUAGGUUGUAAUAAAUAUAUGUGGAGGAGGAGCACUGUGUGUGUGGGUGUCUGCCUGGUUGAAGGAGGCAUCGGUCAUGUGGGCGUGGUUGUGUUAUUAAGUUACAGAAAGUAUUUACGGUCCUGUACUCGCCUGUGUCAAGGAAAUAGGAGCGAUGACAGGUGUGAGGUGCUGUAAUUUUGGCUUACCACUUUUUUUUGUGCCUUGCCACUCUACAUUACACCACAAGUCAUUAUUCCAUUGCAUCUAGAGAUGUCCGAUAAUAUCAGACUGCCGAUAAAUGCUUUAAAAUGUAAUAUCGGAAAUUAUCGGUAUCAAAAAGUAAAAUGUAUGACUUUUUAAAACGCAGCUGCACGGAGUGGUACACGGACGUAUGGAGAAGUACAGAGCGCCAAUAAACCUUUAAGGCACUGCCUUUGCGUGCCGGCCCAGUCACAUAAUAUCUACGGCUUUUCACACACACAAGUGAAUACAAGGCAUACUUGGUCAACAGCCAUACAGGUCACACUGAGGGUAGCCGUAUAAACAACUCUAACACUGUUACAAAUAUGUGCCACACUGUGAACCCACACCAAACAAGAAUGACAAACACAUUUCGGGAGAACAUCCGCACCGUAGCACAACAUAAACACAACAGAACAAAUACCCAGAACCCCUUGCAGCACUAACUCUUCCGGGACGCUACAAUAUACACGCACCGCUACCCCGCCCACCUCAACCUCCUCAUGCUCUCUCAGGAAGAGCAUGUCCCAAAGUCCAAGCUGCUGUUUUGAGGCAUGUUAAAAAAAAUAAUGCACUUAGUGACUUCAAUAAUAAAUAUGGCAGUGCCAUGUUGGCAUUUUCUUCCAUAACUUGAAUUGAUUUAUUUUGGAAAACCUCGUUACAUUGUUUAAUGCAUCCAGCGGGGCAUCACAACAAAAUUAGGCAGAAUAAUGUGUUAAUUCCACGACUGUAUAUAUCGGUAUCGGUUGAUAUCGGAAUCGGUAAUUAGAGUUGGACAAUAUCGGAUAUCGGCAAAAAAGCCAUUAUCGGACAUCUCUAAUUUAUAUCGGUUGGUUGUUGCCUGUUUACAAAAUUUUAAAUGUCAAAAUGACGCCCCACAGACAUUGUGUUUUUUAUUAUUUGGCAUGCAGCCUUUUAGGGGUCCUGAUUUGCUUGUAUUAAACACUGUGGGCCUGAUCUAACUACCUGUAUUAAAAUAUGCGCAAACUUGAUAGCGCACACAAAACUGAUCUACUAAUCUCGUGCGCAGAAUAUUCUGCAUGUAUAUGCAGAAUAUAUGCUGACAUGCAAUUGUAAUAAUUUUGCACAUGCACUGUAAUUUGUCAAUUGUAAAAAUGUUCUGCGUUGUGUGACAUCACGAGAGGCUGUGUCCUGGAGGGGAAGUAUAUUCCCCUGUGAUGGCUCCAACCCGCGAGAGUUUUGGGCCCCAUCUGGUGGAGAAAGGCACAGCACAACUCCACACCUGUGGCUGAUUAGUGAGUGAUUGCCAUGCAGGGCUUUUAGGGCCAGCAAGCAUGUCAGUGGGGAAAGCGUGGAAGGAGCGAGAAAGCCAAUUGUUAUGAGCUGCAGAGGAGAACACCGAGCGGAAGGUUGUUGUGUGGAGGUCCGCCAACGUUGGAACAACCACGUGGAACCCUGACCUGGACCAUUGUGGAUGGUGACCAAACCCACCAGGACAGCACGACAGGAGGGGAUGAAAAAAGGAGGCAAAGAUCAGGCAAGGAGGAGGACCGAGGGGACAGAGGGAAGGGGGAGGGGGUCCCCAUUUUUUGGAGGGAAAAUGAGCACCUUCAAAUUUCUGCAGGCCGGACCCCGCAGAUGCGCAGCCACGAAUGGCGGGUGAGAUUUAUAGAUGGGAGCUGCAGGAAGUGACAAGUCAGUGUGGGAAAUAUG